AUGUCUUGCCAGAAAAAGUGUGAUGGCUGUUCCUGCAGUGACACCCCACCAAAACGGACCGAGAUCGAAGAUUGUCUUACCGAGCUCAACGCUCUCCGCCAGCAAAAUCAAGAGCUCAAGAUUCGUCUUGAUGUGACUUCAAAUACCGGCAAGGAAAAUUUCGACCACACCCCGGGCAGGACACUCCGCUCGUUGGCAUGGUUCAACUGUCGCAGCAACCCUGGUAUGACCGCCACUUACAUGGAGCGGUACUUCAACUACGGGAUUACCCGUGAAGAGCUCAUGUCUGGUAAGCCUAUGAUUGGAAUUGCUCAGACGGGCUCUGAUAUUGCGCCUUGUAACCGGCACCACCAAGAGCUGGCGAAGCGUGUCCGUGAGGGUAUUCGCACGGCUGGUGGUAUCGCUUUUGAAUUCCCGACUCAUCCUAUUCAAGAGACGUCUAGACGGCCCACUGCGAAUCUUGAUAGAAAUUUGGCUUACUUGAGUCUGGUGGAGGUGUUGACCGGGUACUUUCUUGAUGGUGUGGUUCUUUUGACAGGCUGUGAUAAGACGACUCCUGCUUGCUUGAUGGCUGCGGCUACAGCUAACAUUCCAGCAAUUUGUCUCAAUGUUGGACCUAUGCUGAACGGGUACUCCAAGGGAGCUUUGACUGGAGCUGGCUCUGUUUUGUGGAAAGGACGAGAGAUGUACGCCACGGGUGAAAUUGAUGAGUACGAAUUUAUGGACUACAUUUCUCGAGGGACGCCAUCAGUCGGCCACUGCAACACAAUGGGAACCGCAUCCACCAUGAAUGCUCUUGCCGAAUCUCUCGGCAUGGCUCUUCCAGGCUCAGCUGCUAUCCCCGCGGCAUACCGGCACAGAGCCCAAUGCGCCUACAAAACCGGAAAGCAGAUCGUGGAGAUGGUCGAAGAAGACCGCAGGCCCAGCGAUCUGAUGACCCGCGGAGCAUUCGAGAAUGCAAUCGUGGCUAACGCGGCCUUUGGCGGUAGCACUAACGCUCCUAUUCACAUCAACGCGAUUGCUCAGCAUAUGGGUAUUGAGGUCACAAUGGAUGACUGGGAUACGCUUGGAUCAAGCAUUCCUCUUCUAUUGAAUAUGCAGCCUUCGGGUGAGUAUCUCGGAGAAGAGUACUACCGUGCUGGAGGUCUCCCAGCUAUUAUGGCGGAGCUUCUGGAUCAGGGCAAGCUUAAUGGAGAUGCCUUGACUUGCAAUGGAAAGACUAUGGCUGAGAAUGUCCGCGGUAAACACUCGUGGGAUCGUCGUGUUAUUCGUCCUUACAAUGAUCCGUUGAUGAAGGAUGCUGGAUUUAUUCAUCUGAAGGGUACCUUGUUUGACUCUGCUAUUAUGAAGACUUGUGUCAUCUCCCCUGCUUUCAGGGAGCGUUACCUGUCUAACCCUGAGGACCCGGAGGCGUUCGAGGGUUCUGUUGUGGUAUUCGAUGGCCCCGAAGAUUACCACAAUCGACUUGAAACCAUGUCCAACAUUGACGAGAAGACAAUUUUGAUCAUGCGUGGUGUUGGUCCGCUGGGUUACCCCGGUGCAGCAGAAGUUGUCAACAUGCACCCUCCCGGCAGACUGCUCAAGCAAGGAAUCGAGGCGCUGUUCUGUAUCGGCGACGGUCGACAGUCUGGAACAUCAGGUUGCCCAUCAAUUCUGAAUGCGAGUCCCGAAGCUGCUGCUGGCGGCAACCUCACCAUUAUCAAAGAUGGAGACAAGCUUCGCAUUGACUUGCGGAAACGCCGUGUGGAUAUUAUUAUCGAUGACCGCGAGCUCCAGCAGAGAAUCCAGGAGGCCAGCAAGGCACAAUACCCGGUGGUUCCCAGCGGCUCCCCUUGGCAAGAAAUCUUUCGCCAGGAAACGGGUCAGCUUUCGGAUGGAAUGGUGUUGAAAAAGGCUGUCAAGUACCAGCGUUUGGCACAGCACGAUGCUCCGCCCAGGCAUAACCACUAA